AAAGAGCGAGUUCACCUUCAAAAUUGAGUUUCUCCUUUUUCGACCUAAAAGUUUUCGUUUUAAUCAUUUUCACUCCAUCUUCUUCCUCUCCAUUCCUGUCUUUCAAAUGGGUACCCGUACCUUAAUUACGAUUCCAACAGCUAAGAGGAUGUGUUUUUAAAUUCUCUCCGUUGCUUUUUCCUCUGUAUAUUAUAAAAAUCUCACAUUUUGUAACAUAGCUAUAUCAAUGGUGGCCACAUAUCUCUAUCUCGAUCCUCUCAUGGAAACUACUUCUCUUCCUAAUAUCCCCAAAUCAAACACGAGCUUCGGUUUUAACCAACCCAAGCCUCUCGGUCUAAACCAGCUCACACCAUACCAAAUUUACCAGAUUCAGAACCAGCUUAACCAUAGACGCAGCACAAUGUCUCCGAACCGAAUCCAAAUGAAGAAACUAUCACCUUCUUCCUCCAAAUCUCAGAAGCUCUACAAAGGCGUAAGGCAAAGACACUGGGGAAAAUGGGUUGCUGAGAUCCGUUUACCCAAGAACCGGACACGUCUCUGGCUUGGAACAUUCGAAACCGCCGAGAAAGCUGCCUUGGCUUACGACCAAGCCGCUUUUCAGCUCCGUGGAGAUAUAACGAAGCUUAACUUCCCAAACAUCAGACACGAAGACAUUAACCCUCUCCCUUCCUCUGUCGAUGCCAAGCUCCAAGCUAUUUGUGAGAGUUUGAGAAAAACAGAGGAAGCUUGCUCUGUUUCGGAUAAAACAGAGGACAUAUGCUCUGUUUUAGAUAGAACAGAGCUUCCCUUGCCGAAAACAGAGCAUCCGGAGACAAUGAAAUCAUUCGACAAGCCACCGAGAACCGAUGAGAACUCGUUGUCGGAUGAGUCUCAAUUGGCAUUUCUGGAUUUCUCGGAUUAUGAGUUUGACGAGAUUGGGAGUUUUUGGCUUGCGAAGUUUCCUUCGGUGGAGAUCGAAUGGGAUGCAAUUAGCAAACUGUCCGAUUCUUGAAUCUUUCGUGUGACUAUCUCAUCUAUAAUGGUUGCGUAGUUAUCUCUGCAACUGAAAUUUUUUAACAGUUGCAGCAAAUUUCUAGGUUUUGAAUCUGUCAUAUUUUUCUUUUGUUGGUCGUGUAGGGUUGUUCUGUCUAACUAAUCUACAUGUGUUGGUUUGGCUUGGUAAGUUUUAU